GAGCUGAAGAUGGACGGGGGGCCUGGGCCAGCAGGUGCCGUCAAGGUGGAGCUGCGCGAGGCAGCCCCUGAGGCCCGCGGCGUGAAGGAGGAGGCAGAGGCCGACGCAGCGGGACCCCUGAGCGGGGCCGCCCAGGGCGGCAGCGAUGGCGGCCUGGCUCUGCCCCCCGGGGCCUUGGCCGUGCACCCCCCGGACCUGGCGGUCCCGCUGAUGCUUCACCCCUUGCCGUCUGGGACCAGAAUUCAGUUUCAAGGCCCUCCGCCUUCCGAGCUCAUCCAUGUGACUAAAGUGCCAGUGACCCCAGUGCCUCUUAAAAUGCAGUCUUUACUGGAGCCGUCAGUAAAAAUUGAAACUAAAAAUGUGCCCCUCACAGUGCUGCCCUCCGAUGCAGGGAUACCAGAUACUCCGUUUAGCAAGGACAAAAGUGGCCAUGUAAAGCGUCCAAUGAAUGCGUUCAUGGUAUGGGCUAGGAUUCAUCGGCCAGCUCUAGCCAAAGCUAACCCAGCUGCCAAUAAUGCAGAAAUCAGUGUUCAGCUUGGACUGGAAUGGAACAAACUGACUGAAGAGCAGAAGAAGCCCUAUUAUGAUGAAGCCCAGAAAAUAAAAGAAAAGCACAGAGAAGAAUUUCCUGGUUGGGUUUAUCAACCACGACCAGGCAAAAGGAAGCGUUUUCCAUUGACUGUCUCCACUGUAUUUUCCGGCACUUCUCAGAAUAUCAUCACUACAAAUCCAGCUGCCAUUUAUCCUUUCCGAUCACCCGCUUACUCCGUUGUCAUCCCCAAUGUUCAGAACAAUAUUGGACAUCCUCCUGGCAAAACUUCUCCUGCCAUCCAGCUGUCAGCCUCUUCCAUUCAACAUCCAGGUCCAAUUACACUUUUCCAGCCUGCUAUUGCAAGCACCACGUCAGUGUCUGUUCCAGCUCCAGCUCUGCCUCUGCACUCUGUAAUUUCACCGCAGCAUUUUGCUGUACCUACUCAGACAGAAACUCAUGUAUCACCUGGACCCAAUUGCUCUGUGAAGAGAUGUACAUCAGCUUCUGCUGAGAGCUCCAGUAGGAACCCAAGUAACACAAGCACUGCUAAUGCUAGAUUUUCUGUCUCUGAUAAUCAGACUCCAAAGGAGUAUUCGGAGAUUUCUACUUGUCCUAGAAGUGCAGCUCUUCCCCAAGCUACCCCUCUCCCUCACUCGCAUCUCUAUGAGCCUUCUCCCAUCGGUCAUCCAACCAGUCUGUUUGGAGCCCCUCCACGAUUUUCAUUUCAUCACCCUUACUUUGUGCCUGGACCUCACUAUUUCCCUUCAAGCACGUGCCCAUUCAGCCGGCCACCAUUUGGGUAUGGGAAUUUCACCAGCUCAGUGCCUGAAUGCCUUGGCUUUUAUGAAGACCGGUACCAAAAGCAUGAGGCGAUGUUUUCGUCUCUGGACAGAGACUAUCCCUUCAGGGAGUACCCAGAGGAACAUGCACAGAGUGAGGACUCCCGCAGCUGUGAGAGCCUUGAAGGAGUGUCUUAUUACAACAGCCACAGUGAGGAGAGGUAUUUAAGCCCCAUACCACAGCUGGACAUUGGUGCAUUGGAGAAUGUUUUGUCAGCCACCCCAUCUACCCCCUCCAGCAUCCAGCAAGUUAAUGUGACUGACAGUGAGGAGGAAGAAGAGGGGAAGGUGUUGCGAGAGUUGUAAUUUUUAAAACAAAUGAUAAUCCAGAGAAAUAUUACAGAAUGUGAAAUAAAUGUUUUCCUCCAACACCAUCUUUUCAGUCGGUGUGUUCAAAGGGAAGUCCAUGUAGCUUGAGUGACCUGUGCAGGUCAUUUUGAGAACUCUGAUGAUCUGUUUGUAUUUUGAGAAAUCAAAUACAGACCUGGGGAGGUCCCAAAGGCCCUGGAGUUUCACCUGCUUCAUCAAGGCAUUGUUUGGGCUGGCUCAGGAAAGCACUUAGACAGGUACUCUGUUCUAAGUAUGUGAUAAUGUGCUUUCCUGAGGAGAGAUGUAUUUAAGCACAUCCUUUUAAUGCUCUUCUGAAUCA